AUGGCCCACUGGAGGGAGGAGUACUCCGCCGCGCUGGCCGCGCGCGAUCGACGAGAGAAAGCAAACCAGGCUAUAUACGAUGCUUAUACCAACCUCGCCGACCGCACCGCCCGCCUAGCCGCGGCGCAACAACAUCAGAGCAGCGACGACCAACAACAACAACAUCAUCCAAACACAAACAUCUCGCCGUCCCCCUCCUCCUCUGCCCUAACGCCCUCAACAUCCGCCCGCCCCAGCAAACACCCACACUCACUCACCCAGUCACCAGCGCCGCCCUCCACGCUCCAAAUCCAAGAAUCGCUCCUCGCGGCACGAACAGACCUCUCCGAAGCGCAACGGUCGCGCUCCGAGCUCCAAGACCGACUUACCCGCACAACAACCGAGCUAGAGAAGUUGCGGAAGCGAGGCACGCUCGAUGGGCGACGGGUGCAUGCGCUAGAGAGCGAGGUUUCAUUUCUGCAGUUGCGGGCCAAGGAUCGCGAUGAAGAGUUGAGGGGGAAGGCGAAGUUGUUGGAGGAUUUCCAAGAUGAGCUGGCAUCGUUGAAUCUCCAACUCAACAUGGCGGAGGAGCGAUCUUCUCGGCUUCAGCGGGAGAAUCAGGAGCUCGUUGAUCGCUGGAUGGCUAGGAUGGGCAAGGAGGCGGAAGCCAUGAAUGCAGCGUCCAAGUAUUCCUAGCAACCGGCGAAUAUGUCCAACGCUUGACUUUUACCUUGGUUUUGGUUUGGGAAUAGAGUGGCCAGUGAAAUGUCCGCUUUGCUUUCGCUUUCAUGUCAGAUCUUUUAUGCACAACAUCUAUGAUACCCGUGAAAUACUACACUAUCCACAAUAUGCCUUCGUCCCAUAUCCAU